GCAUCAUGUGCCCCAGUGGCCUAAUGGAUAAGGCACUGGCCUCCUAAGCCAGGGAUUGUGGGUUCGAGUCCCAUCUGGGUUUAUCUGCUGCAGCUGAACCGCGUCGACGCAAACAUGACACGCCUGUGUGUUUUAAUCUUUGUUUGCUGUGUUGUUGUUGCCGCGAGAGGAGACAAACUGUUGAAAGCCUCUGCAUACUGGGACUCGACCCAUAAGACCGUUUUGCUGAAGGAGGGUGUUCUGGACCCUCAGAGCGAUGCUUACGGUUACUAUAACGACACUCUCUCCUCCACGGGCUGGGGUGUUCUGGAGGUCCGAGCCGGAUACGGACAGACACCAGAACCUGAUGAGGUCACGCUUUAUAUGGCUGGCUAUCUGGAGGGCUUCCUGACAGCACCGGAGAUUUAUGAUCAUUACACCAACAUGUACCCACAGCUGAUCAACAAGCCUAAAACACUGGUGGCUGUCAAACGCUUCAUGGCGAAACAGGAUUAUUGGUCUCGUCGGGAGGUGAAGAAGAAUAGCACGGAUCCGUUCUGGGUUCAUGUGGGUUUGAUUGUGUCACAGCUGGACGGACUGCAGGCUGGUGUGGCUGACUGGGCCAAACAGCAGGGCAAGAAACCUCUCUCACAGUUUGCUAUUCAGUUUCUGAAUGCUGUUGGUGAUCUACUGGAUCUGAUCCCAGCGCUGGUGCCUGGUGAUAAAUCAACACUAAACCAGUAUAAAUCACCACCCAUGGGUCACUGCUCUGCGCUCAUAAAGAUGUUGCCCGGUUAUGAGAAUCUGUUGUUCGCUCACUCCAGCUGGUACACGUAUGCGGCCACCAUGCGCAUCUACAAACACUGGGACUUUAAACUGAAUGAACCGCACACUGCUACUGGAAAACUCUCCUUCAGCAGCUAUCCUGGGUUUCUGGUGUCUCUGGAUGAUUUCUAUCUGUUGGGCAGCGGUCUGAUGAUGACUCAAACCACCAAUAACGUCUUCAACACCUCACUAUACUCUUACAUCACUCCUGCCAGUCUGUUCUCAUGGCAGCGGGUUCGACUGGCACACGCGCUGGCACACACUGGCGAAGAAUGGGCAAAAACCUUCUCAAAAUACAACUCUGGCACGUAUAAUAAUCAAUAUAUGAUUGUGGACACGAGUCGAGUGAAUCUGGGCAGCAGACUACAGGACGGAGCUCUGACGGUGGUCGAACAGAUUCCUGGAUUGGUGGAGUAUUCGGAUCAAACGCAAACCCUGCGGAGAGGUUACUGGCCAUCAUACAACGUGCCGUUUCAUCGUAAGAUUUACCUGAUGAGCGGAUACGAGCCGAUGUGGAAGCAAUAUGGUGAUGACUUCUCCUAUGACCUUUGCCCCCGUGCCAAGAUCUUCCGUCGGGAUCAGUCUUCAGUGAGCGACCUGACCUCUCUCAAACGCAUCAUGAGAUACAACGAUUAUAAGAAUGAUCCGUACUCGGAGGGUGACCCCUGUAAAUCCAUCUGUUGCCGUAAUGACCUGCGCCAACAACACGCCAGUCCUGGAGGAUGUUAUGAUACCAAGGUAACAGAUAUUCAGAUGGCUCAGGGGUUUGUGUCCGAGGCCGUGAACGGACCGACCACAGACGGUGGACUUCCGGUCUUCUCCUGGGAGAAGUUUAACAGUACAUUACAUCAGGGUCUUCCUCAACAUUAUAACUUCAGUUUUAUUAUGAUGCAGCCGAUUCUCUUCAGACCCUGACGCUGAAUCAUCAAGUAAACACAUCUGCACGCUGAACUAUGAUUCAUAUGUAAAUGAAUCUCUUGAAUCUGUCUCGCUUGAAUCAUUCUGAUAUUUUAAGCCAUAAAUCUGCACUCGGCUUUCUUUAUGUCUGAGUCACACUGUUUUGAUGGGUUUUAUGUUUUUCAGGGUUAAAGCUUCAGUUUACACAGUGAUGAUACUUUUAUUCAAUGAUUUACUUUAUAUGAAACGCUGAUAAACUUUUGAUUCUCCAGAUCAAGUUUUGCACUAUUAUAAAUCAUUGUCUGAAAUUCUCAUUACACAAAGUGUUGUCUGGAGGAUUGUCUGGGAUAUUUAUAUGAAUAAUCACAGGUCACACUGAAUGAAUGAAUGAAUAUCACACAGUUGUUUUAAAUCUGCUGAUAUUGAUAUGAAUGUAAAAUGAUUUUUAAUAGCUUUAUUCUGUGCUUUAUGUUAAAUGUUUGUAUUGAGAUGAAUCAAUCAUUCAUAUUCACACAUGAUGACUUUGUCAAAGCUCUCAACAUGUCUCUUCAUGAUAAUGUGGAUGUAUUGAUGAAUCUGAGAAUCACUAAAUAAACCCAACAGUAUUUCACAAUA